AAUUAUUCUUCCAAAGCACAAAACAAUUGGAGGGCAAUUAUUAAUAAACAAUACUGAAUUGGUCAAAGCUGAAGUAAUAAAAGCUGCACAAUUAGACUUAGAUAGUGUAAUAGCAGUAUUUGACGGAUAG